CGAAAAGAGAACGAAAAGCUCGAUAUGAGUUGGGAACGGAGAAUGUAGGAACCGAGGCUCAUUGGGAACCUCGCUACACCUCCAAUGCAAACAAGUCAAACACUUGCAGACACCCACCUUUCACUCGACAAACACAUAUCACCAAAAACCCACCCCUUCUCAACUACUCCCACCACCGCAUUGUCCGGCUCCGGCCCAGCUAACCAACCCUUGUUCCAUCACGCCACCUUUCACCACCAUAUCAGACUACCAUAUCAUUCCAAUCUCCCUGUUCAUCUUCACAAAAAAUAAUCUUAUUUUAUUUAUUAUUUAAAGAGAAGUUGUAAAAGAAGAAGCAACAAGUGGGGUGGGGUGUAUGGAGAACACAACAAAUGCACACAGAAUCCCAAUGCCCUCCUGUUCUAGCGCUUACGGCCGUUACCUCUUGGCCCCGUUUUCAACUUCACAUUACUUAACCAGUUAACUAGUUAACCACUUUACCUUAUCUCAUUCAAUUCACACUGUAUGAAAAUGGUGAGAAAAAGGACAGCUUCCGAUAUGGAGCUCCAACCAGAUACCGGAAACUACCACCACCACCACAGGAUGUUACGUAGACCACCCGGGUCGAAUCCACUCGACAUUGCGGGUAUCCACGGGUUAUUAUCUUCUACAUCAACAGAUACUUCUCAUAAUAAUCUUGCUAAUGUGGAUGUUACUGGUAUUGGUAGUGGUACUGGUAUUAUAAGUACUAGUAUUAACCACCCACCUAACUACUCCACUAUGACGCUGCCGUCAUCAUCGUCUACAAACACGGCGAAUCUGAUGUCAUCAUCCACGGCAACAAACUACUUAACUAACAAAAACACUUCUCCUCCGUUAUGUGUCUUUUCCGGCCUCCCCAUGUUUCCACCUGACAAGAGUUAUAACAGCAACAGCAGCAACACCGUCAAUUCUAACACCGGUAUGAGCUUCUUAACCGGUGGUGGUAACGGUAACGGUAAUGGUAACGGUAACGGCAUCGUCAUGCCGAAUGAUGACUCCAUGACGGCGACGGUGUGGGUAGAUAACAUCAUAAAAGACUUGAUUAACAGUUCAAGUGACGUGUCCAUACCUCAUCUUAUUCAUAACGUUAGAGAAAUCAUUCACCCGUGUAACCCUAAUUUGGCCACUUUACUCGAAUACAGGCUUCGUUCGUUAACAGAUCCACCGAGUUUGGUAGACCAGCAGCCUGUUAAUAAUGAUAGUUUUCAACCUAGGGUUCCGGUGAGAGGAAAACAGACGCAAACGACGUCGUUUCCACUUCCUCCAGCUGAUUUACAUUGUCAGUUAGAUUGGACCGGUGAGGGCUUCAACGCCGGUGAAGCUACUCCUGAAACUAUUAUUACAUCCAUCAAUCAACAACAGCAGCAGCAACAGCAACAACAACGAGAAGAAAAUGAAUCUCCACCGUCACAACCACCGCCAGCAACAGAUCAAAACACACAAGCGGCGGCAAUGGCGUUACGAGAGAAGAAACGAGAGGAGCUUCGACAGCAGAAACGAGAUGAAGAAGGUUUACAUCUUCUUACUUUGCUGUUACAAUGUGCUGAAGCGGUUGCAGCUGACAACUUUGAAGAAGCAAAUAAGAUGCUACUCGAAAUCUCCGAGCUGUCAACGCCGUACGGCACCGCAGCACAGCGCGUUGCAGCAUACUUCUCCGAAGCAAUGUCUGCCAGACUGAUGAGUUCAUGUCUAGGAAUAUACACAACACUCCCUCCGAAUGUUGCGGUUUCUCAAACCCUAAAAAAGAUGACGUCAGCUUUCCAAGUGUUCAAUGGUAUCAGUCCGUUUGUUAAGUUCUCGCAUUUUACGGCGAAUCAAGCGAUACAGGAAGCGUUCGAGAGGGAAGAUAGGGUGCACAUUAUUGAUUUGGAUAUCAUGCAAGGGUUGCAGUGGCCUGGGCUUUUUCAUAUUUUGGCGUCCAGGCCCGGUGGGCCGCCGUUUGUGCGGCUCACCGGAUUGGGGAACUCGUUGGAUGCGCUCGAGGCGACUGGAAAACGGUUGUCGGAUUUUGCGGAUAAGUUGGGACUUCCGUUUGAGUUCUCGGCUGUCGCGGAGAAAGUUGGGAAUUUGAACCCGGAGAGAUUGAAGGUGAGCAAGAGGGAAGCGGUUGCGGUUCAUUGGUUACAGCAUUCGUUGUAUGAUGUCACUGGAUCCGACACCAAUACGUUAUGGUUUCUUCAGAGAUUGGCUCCAAAAGUCGUGACGGUGGUCGAGCAGGAUCUGAGCCAUGCGGGUUCGUUUCUGGGAAGAUUUGUAGAGGCUAUACACUACUACUCAGCAUUGUUCGACUCGUUGGGGUCAAGCUAUGGGGAAGAGAGUGAAGAAAGGCAUGUGGUGGAACAACAGUUGCUGUCGAAGGAGAUUAGGAACGUGUUGGCGAUAGGGGGCCCGUCGAGGAGUGGGGAGGUGAAGUUUAAUAAUUGGAGGGAGAAGCUGGAACAAUGUGGGUUCAAGGGUAUAUCUUUAGCUGGAAAUGCUGCAGCCCAAGCAACACUUUUGUUAGGGAUGUUUCCGUCAAAUGGCUACACGCUGGUAGAGGACAAGGGCACGCUUAAGCUUGGAUGGAAAGACCUUUGUUUGCUUACUGCCUCUGCAUGGAGACCUUAGUACGGCAGAUCAUGAUCCAUGGUUCACGGUCCACAUGCCCCCAACUUGUUUAAAGAGGCAAUAGAUGAAAAACCAUGAAGUGGUCGAAAACUGAAACGAAAGGCAGAGAUCAAUUGGUUGCAAUGGGGGAAAAAAGAAAAAGAAAAGGAAAGCAGCAAGUGCAACAAGUUUUGAAGGAUGGUUGUCAAUGGUUAUGAACAAUGUUCUUAGUCGAGUUAUGUUCAUAAUCUGUUGUUAAUUUUGAUUAUUAUGAUAAUGUGUUGUUAAAUGACCUUAUUGUUCUUUCAUUCUAUGGUAAAUUGUAUAGAUGUUGAACUGUCGCGUCGGUAA